AUGGCGAGCGGCGAACCGAGCGCUCCCUCGUUGCUGUCACCCGUGUCAGGUACAACGCCAAGCGCCGGAAGUUAUGCAACACGCCAGCCACCGUCCGCUUCGGCUAGCAGCAGCAACAGCACGGUACCGAGCCAACCUGUUGCGGUCACAGCGGCAGCAGGCAGCAAUCCUCCCAAUGGCCCGGCGGGUCCGGGCCAGCAAAGUUCACUGUCACCCCGGCGGCGGGCCCGGUUGCAGCGCUCGGAACGGCUUCAAUCCGACCACUCCCAAUCAUCGCCAUCCUACUCGUCCUGGGAGGCGCUGAUACGGGACAGCUUCGGUCAGAUCGUUUGGCCCAUCCGUAUCACCAGCUGGGAGAUGGUACAGACCGACCGUGCGGGUGGUUGUGGUGGUGCAAGUGGCGGUGGUGGCGGGUUUAUGGCUGGGGGUCGUAAUGCUUCCUACCAUGCGACCGAUUACGCUGCAGCCAGCACCUCGGCCACAGAGCUCAUAUCGAGGCGGGGCGUCUUCUCCCGGCGCCAUUACGGAUCAGUGGACCAGCUACCGCAGUCAGAGAUUGAUGGAUUGGAUCCGAACUGUCGCCGGUUUCGGCUGGAAAAUGGCGAAUCCUUAGCGGAGAAGGACGAGGUUUUUGGCUCCCCAAGUAUACCCAUUCUGGAAAACCCGGAACAUCAAACACGGUGGUACUUCAAGUAUUUUCUGGGAAAACUACAUCAAAACUAUGUUGGUAUCGAUUCGGAGAAGAAUCCUUACUUUCUUUCGAUCGUCUCGCAGGAUUCUGGUAGCAAGUGUAUGCCGCUCUACCGUGUUAUGCUGUUCCGGAAACAGGGUGCACAGAAACUUGCUCUACCGUACAACCCGCAGCAGAAGCUGACGGUGAAGCAGAUACUAUCCAACUUCACGCUGAUGGACUCGAACAAAUCGCCAAAGGAAAUCUUUUCCGCCGACAUCCAGAAGGAUCUGCUGCUGCUCGAGGAACAGGAGGGCUCGGUGAACUUCAAGUUCGGCGUGGUGUACAUGAAGGCGGGCCAAAAGUUAGACGAUGAAAUGCUGAGCAAUGAAACCGGAAGUCCGGAGUUUGACGAUUUUCUUACACUGUUGGGUGAAAAGAUUCGGUUAAAGGACUGGGAGCGGUACCGUGGUGGGCUCGAUGUGAAAGGUGACAUGACGGGAAAGUACUCCAUCUACACGCUCUACGAGGGACACGAGAUAAUGUUUCACGUAUCGACGCUACUACCAUUUAGCCGAGAUAAUCGACAGCAGGUUGAACGAAAACGGCACAUCGGCAACGAUAUCGUCAAUAUCAUUUUCAUCGACGAAGCGUCCUCCGGCGAAGAGACGGAGUUCAUACCGAACAACGUAAAGAGUCAAUUUACGCAUGUGUUUGCCGUCGUGACGAAGCGUGGAACACGCUACCGGUUAGCUGUCUACUGCGAUGAAACGGUUCCACCCUUUGGCCCUACGCUGCCCAAUCCGCCCGAGUUUGAGGAUCCGGCCGUCUUCCGGGACUUUCUGCUGGUGAAGCUGAUCAACGGCGAGAAGGCCACCUUCCAAACGCCGACCUUUGCAAGGAAGCGUGAACGGACGCUAGAAAUGUUGAUAAAGGACCUGUACGAGGAGUAUGUGCACGACAAUAAAAUGAAUAUGCUCAAUAGACGAGCAUUCUCGGAGGUUCUUUACGAUGCACCGCGCACUUCGAAGCUGAAGGAAGACGCCCGCCAGGUGGAGUUCGUGCGCAUCGGUCAGGCACUGAAGCUGGAAGCCAUCGUGCGGGGCGAUGCGCCCACCAGCAUCGCAUCAGCCGGCACAGUCUUCAAGCGUCCACCCUGGGAACCGCACUGUUUCUAUCCAACGUUCCAGCCGCGGAACGAACUGGUCGGGGACAGCUGGGGCCAGGAUCAACUGUUUCUCGCCUCGGACGAAGGUACAUAUCUGAUCAAGGAGGACCAAACGCACCGGGUCGUGUUCGACAAGACGCUCUGCGUGAAGCAACUGAACGUGGUGGAGGACCAUGGCAUCAUGCUGGUGCGGGGUGGAUCCGCGCUGCAGAAGGAUGGCCACCGGAUACACGUGUUUCGGCUGAACGAGUUUUCGGACGAUCGGUUGGUGCAGCGUUCGCGCAUAGACGUGAAGGAGCGAAGGAUCGAGAAGACGCGCGGUUGCCACCUGUACGCGAUAUCACGUGCAGGUGAGGCCCACCUGCGGAUGGCGGUAGCCGUUGGACGAAAGCUGUUGAUCUACCAGUGGAAGCACACGGCGGCCUGGACGUCCUGGUGCCCAAACAGCGACAAUGACACGGUGGAAGGGUUUCUAUUCCUGAAGGAGAUCCAUCUGCACGAUUCACCGACGAUCAUGACGAUUUUGGAGGGAUCCUGUCCUAAUGCGGGACUGCUUAUUUGUGUCGGGUAUCGCCAUCACUUUGAGAUCGUGUCCGAGCUGACCGGGCAUGGGACGAAGCUACACGAAACGGAUACGUUGAAGCGCACCCAAACCCAUCUGGUGGCCGCUCUCGAUCUGUACGACGGUCAAGACACUGAGCUGCUGCUGUGUUACAAUCAUACCUGUCACUUUCAAAAACUGUCGGAGGAGUGUAACAACAGCACGGAGUUUGACUUCCAAUUCAAUACGCCACCGUCUUCGGUUGUGUGCGCCUUCCCGUACAUCAUCGCGUUCACGCCGGACACGAUGGAGAUCCGGCUGCUGGUGAACGGGAAUCUGGUGCACACGGUCACGAUGGCCGAACUGCAGCUGAUCACAUCCAAGAAGGAUAUCUUCUUCGUAACGACCGCUCCCGAGUUCAUUCCCAAAGGUGCCAAACUGCGUGGUCUCGAUGCGGAAGAUCACGAACAGAUGAACAAGCCCAGGAUCGAGGAGAGUCGCGUCGUUCCCGAGGAUGAUUCAUCGACGAGCCCGGGGCGCAGUAGAUUGAGUUCCGACGAGGAGAACUCGACCGGUGCUCCCGCACCACCGACCCUAGAGUCGGAUCAAUCCGAACCGAGCAAGGAAGCGAGCGGUGGUAGUCUUACCACACCCCAGAUUCAGCGCGCCAAGUCCCUGCAAAACCCCAAACCUGAGUCAGAAGUUGGCAAGCCGAAAGAGGUCACCCUUUCGGUGGACGAUCUGAAGCGACCAAUAUCCAAGAGCAACUCGUACGGUGAAGCCGGCACAUCGUUUUCCAUACCGACGACAACCUGCAGCAAAGAUCUGGCGAAACAUUUCGGUGCCCAGCCGCUACCGAACACGAAGGACCUCUGUCGACACUUUGGCGAAGCGUCCGUGCCGCCCAACUCGCCACGUAACAGCACGAUCGUGAAGGGUACGUCGCCCAGUUCGCCGACGCGCAAAUCCUUCAUCCGACAGCCCACGCUGAACCUGGGCAAAUCGCAGACGAACGAAGGCGAAACGUCACCGUCGAACGGAUCGUCCAACAGCAAACCGUUGCGCAUCUACCGUAUACCGCUGACGAAUCUGACUGGAACGCACGUCCAGUCGCACCAUUAUCACUAUCCAAGCAAUGAUCCUGCCAAGAAGCCGACCGCCAUCGCUACCAAGAUGCAUCCGAGCGCGGCCAUUGCGGCGGCGGUCGUGACACGGCCGAGUGAAAGUGCUCAGGAGCGGGUCCGUCAGCUGCAGUCCUCGAACGAGGAGGACGAGGAAGGCAUAUCACCGUCGGACGAAUCGCACGGCGAGAUUGCGGAGGCGGCCGAGGUGAGCGUUCCACCGACGCUAAGCAUCUUCGACCAGAUCCAGCAGGAUCUGCAGGAGCUCAGCAUGAAGGAUAAGCACGAGCAGGACGAGCUGUGCAGUUCGGUCCUAACGCCACUGUAAGCGGAGGUUGGCAUCGCUCCAUACGACCAGAUAUACACGCAUCUCUCGCUGCCACUGACUGUUUUGAGGAGGUUGUGUACGUUGGGAAGCUACCACACCCGGCCACAAGAUCUUCAGUACAUACAAACAUAUACUAAGGUUACAAACACUAAGCAAAUGGUUUCAUCAUUAAGCGCGCAUGCGUUUUGUUGAUGUUAGGUAAGCGACAGGGCGCACGGGACGGAGUUGUUCGUGAUCACGUUAUACUGUACUGCGAUGUAGCAGCGAGGAAGGUUAAAAAUCUAAGCGCAAACGCACAUUAUCCAUUGGGAGGUGUCCGGUGUAAAAGAAACUGAUUUAUCGCGUCACGUGUGGAGGACCCCCAUUGGUUGGCAGACCAAGCUUGCCCGUUCAUCCCCAUUCACCGGUGGACGGUCGUUCGUUUAUCCCGUCCGGAGUAGGGUUUUUUGUUUUUGAAAUGGUUCAUGGUUCCGAUGUUCGUUGUUUCGGGAGCUGGCACCUUGUGAAGGUUCGGGCAGGACCAAUUCAACUGAGCCCCUUGAAUUGGUCACAUUCAGCCCAGCGAGCGUGUUGGAACAUCUGAACCAAAACAAUUUCUUGUGUUGCGUAUUUUUAGCUGGUGAUGGACUGGUGUAAUGAUGCCCGGGACGUGGAACCACAUCGCUAUCGUACGGAGGAUCGCGGGGACGUGUUGUUCAUUAUCGAUAAUUACUAACUGAAUUACUGUAGCACUAACCAACCGAAUUACACAAACUACAAACAUACGAGCAGGGGAGCGUUGAGCAAUAUGCGGAAGCGAAAGGCAGUAAACAAAAUGGCCGACAGUGGGUUAGGCGUAAAGCAAAGUAUUUUAUGUACAACCAGGUAUAAGCAGGUGUAGCUGCCGCCAUUGUUUGAACUAGUGCUCAUCACAAAUAUUAAGUAGGACACAUAUAUAAUGAGAGAGAGGAUUCAUGCUAUACACAUGUCCAUGGUAGGAUCAAUCCCAGCAAGAACUGUCCUUCACGCCCAACGUAAAAUACAUUGAUCCUGUCGGAUGCUUCACAUAAAGGACACAAUCGAGAGGAUAAGACCAACGCCGGCGUUAUCUAUUUCUCUUCUCUUGUGAAGCCAUCAUCCUCCAAAUAUUCUUACACACACACACCCACACACAGGCGGCAUGUUGUUUCCCUGUUUUCUUGCGCUGUGAAAUAAAGACACAAACAUGAACCGAUUUACGUGAUCAAGCGAUAUACAAAGCAAACACAACAUUAGAGGAUGUUAAAGUAGCAAGAGUUGUCCUACCACACUGGAAUCUAUCUCGUCCGAUCCGUCGUAUGAUGCUGCAUAUGCUACAGCAUACAAAAUGGGAAACACGUGCAAAGGGACAAAUAGGCACGGAGAGUUGAUCAACUAGACGCAAACAUAAACAGAUACAGAUAUAGCUAUAUGUUACAUCGUUGAAAUGAUGCAAACCAAAGAGACAAACAAACGCACAUAUUACCGAACUGUAUUUACUUGCUAGAACUAUUACUAUGCUACUUAUUUACAAUUCGCUAGCGCGCCUACCAUCCUUGUUGGCCCCGCAACCCCGAAGCGAAGAAGGGUCACCGUUUUAUUGUGUGUGUGUGCGUGUGGCACAACCAGCUGGGAACGAACACCACACAGAGUCAAAGCAAAUAAAGGUUUUUUGGUUUAGUUGAGCGA